AUGUUAUUGCAUCGUGUUAAUGUGGAGGAAGUGAGGCGGGGAGGUGCGGCGCGGGGUCGCGCCACCGAUAGUUUGAAGAAAGGGAGCCGCGGUGGCGAAUGCACGAUAUCUGCAUUGUGGCACGGCGUCGCGGCGCCGGCGGGUCUGGCGUCGCGGCGGCGGCGCAUACAUCAGGCACGCGACCACCCCCGCACCGCCGCACGCCUCCCCCUGCCCUCGCUCACCACCGCCCCCCUCCCGCCCCCUUUU